AUGACAACUCAGAUUGAUGGUAAAGGUGACGCACUUCAAAACAGAAACGUAAAUAAACAUAGUGAGAGUAGCAGGAAGGCUAGUAACAAAGAAUUGACAAAUGGAGGAGGAAGAAAAUCAAGAAAUCAUUACACCUCAAAAGAAUCUACUAGGGAAGAAACUACUGUUACCGACAAAAGAGAUAAAGUUGGAAGGGUGAGCUUAGAAGCUAUAACCGACGAAACACGACGGGAAACAAUGGGGAAUCAUAUGGUCGUAGCAAGUGGAAUAAAGAUACAUAUUUUAGCAGUGACUGAAACACGAAAUGCUCAAAGAUCAACAAAUUCUAUGACAUCCGAAGGGUUUGUAUAUGAUGGAGAAAUGGAUCUGGAGGAGCCAUUCAGUGAUUCGGAUGACAAUGAUGCCGUUAAAGGUUUGAAGAAACUUUCACUGCAAAUUCCACGAGGGCGCAUACGUUCUCUGUCUGGCACUGUUCCAGCAGUAGGUUAUAGCCCGAAAUGGGGUGGUCCUACAAUGUGUUUGAGUUGCUUGCAAUUUUUCGAUUUUCCAGAACAUCAUGAUGUGUUCUCAGAACAUUUGUUGAACGAGCAUCACAUUGUCAUAGUCGAGAUGAAUUUGAUCGUCGAUCUGAAAAGAUAUGUUGAAUACUGGAGGCAGCGUUUUGCAAAACAAACUAUUGACACGAUAUUUCCAACCAAAAUUCCCGAUGAAAAUAGUGAGUACUAUGGUAAGAUAGAUUAUUUCUAUGAAAUGAGUGAGAUCGUACCAGAAGAUUAUGCAUUACGACAAAAGCUUGCAAUGAGACGCUUGGAGGAGGCUUUGGCUUGUCAACAACGGGAAAGAGAAGACACAAAUUUCGUCCAACAAUGUAUUUUCUGUCGGUACACAGCUCGUGGUAAUCGAUCAAAAAUUGUUCACCAUCUCUAUAUGAUCCAUCAUUUGAAUCUCGGCUCUCCGGAUAAUUUAGUGUUUGUCACCGAAUACAUCGAAUAUCUAAAGUCGAGACUUCUAAGCAAUGAAUGCAUUUACUGUGAAAAAAGAUUUCCCGACCGCAACACUUUAAUGGAUCACAUACGUAAACGAAAUCACAAAGAAGUGAACCCUAAAAACAGUUACUAUGACAAGUUCUAUAUCAUCAAUUAUCUAGAGUUGGGAAAGCGCUGGUUAGAAGUUUUGAAAGAAGAUUUUGAAGAUACUAUGCCAACAUUCAUUGAUUCUGACGAAGAGGAAGAAGAAGAUUCUUGGCAAGAAUGGCAGGAAGAUAAUAUAGAUAUGGAGCAAAUUCGUGUUAUAUGUUUGUUUUGUGAACAAACUGAAGAUCAUGUGGCGCCAUUACUUGAGCAUAUGAAGGCAAGUAUAUAUUUCCAUCAUUGCAUAAUAUUGGAUGUUCAUCACUUUGAUUUACUUAGUAUUAUCGAAAGAGAAAACUUAGAUAUUUAUGAUCGAAUGAAAAUGGUCAAUUACAUACGUAAAGAAAAUUAUAAUGCAAGAUGCUUCAUGUGUGGCAAAAAUGAUUUUGGCUCGUUACUAAAACUAAGACAGCAUUAUAUGGAAAACAAUCAUUUGUCAGAAGGGCUUCCUGAAAAAUCAGUUUGGUGCACCGAAGAGAAUUUGAUACCUAUUUUCGGUAACGAUCAUUUGGCAUGGAUGCUUGAGUCAUACAUCGAUGAAAUUUCUUCAAAAGCAGAUGAAAUGCCACCUGCUAAUGGAGGUGUUAUAGAGUACCUUUUACAGCAAAGUGUAAAAAAUACUGUGAAAGGUGUAAGUGUUUUACUGAUUUGUUGA